GGAGCCCCCGGCGUGGGAGACCGACGGCCUGCUUCCUGUGGAGAGGCAGCUCCAUGAGGCCGCCCGGCGGAACAACAUCAGGAGGAUGAAGGAACUGAUGGAGAGGAGAGUCCACGUCAAGGCCAGAAACCACGUAGGCAGGGUGGCCCUGCACUGGGCUGCGGGCGCCGGGCACGAGCCAGCUGUGCGGCUGCUCCUGGAGCACAAGGCUGCUGUGGACAAUGAGGAUGCGUUUGGGAUGAAUGCGCUUCUCCUGUCUGCCUGGUUCGGCCACUUACAGAUCCUCCAGAUCCUGGUCAACUCUGGGGCCAAGAUCCACUGUGAGAACAAGGACGGCCUGACCUUACUACACUGUGCAGCCCAAAAAGGCCACGUGCCGGUGCUGGCGUUCAUAAUGGAGGACCUGGAGGACGUGCCCAUGGACCAUGCUGACAAACUGGGAAGGACGGCGUUCCACCGGGCGGCAGAGCAUGGGCAGCUGGAUGCUCUGGACUUCCUUGUGGGCUCUGGUUGUGACCACAGUGUGAAAGACAAGGAGGGGAACACGGCCCUUCACCUGGCUGCUGGCCGGGGCCACCUCGCUGUGCUGCAGCGGCUUGUGGACAUCAGGCUGGACCUGGAGGAGCAGAACGCGGAAGGUCUGACCGCCCUGCACGCGGCGGCUGAAGGCGUCCACCCCGACUGUGUACAGCUGCUCCUCACCCAGAAAAAACAGAGCUGUCUCCACUACGCAGUCCUCGGUGGCUCUGAGGACAUGACCCGGACCCUCAUCCACGCAGGAGGCCACACCAACAUGGCUGAUCAUCAGGGUGUCUCUCCUCUGCACCUAGCUGUAAAACACAACUUCCCUGCCUUGGUCCAGCUCCUCCUCGAUGCCGGUAGCGACCUGGAUGCCACAGACAAUAGACAGCAGACACCCCUCCACCUUGCGGCUGAGCACGCCAGGCAGGACAUAGCAGAGAUGCUCCUCAUCGCGGGGGUUAACUUGAACCUGAGAGAUAAGCAAGGGAAAACCGCCUUGGCAGUGGCCGCUCACAGUAACCACGUCAGCCUGGUGGGCAUGAUCAUAAAGGCUGAUCGCCUCUACACGUGGGAGAAGGAUCACCCCUUGCGCAAGGACCCCAAGGAUCCCUAUGGGAAGAACUUGACCUUUAAGCAGGACCAUCGGCAGGAAAGGCAGCAAUUCUACUCUGUGCUGUGGCGACUGGCCUCCAGGGACCUGCGGCCUCACCAGUGGAAGAAGCUGGCGUAUUGCUGGGAGUUCACUGAGGCCCACGUCCAUGCCAUCGAGCAGCAGUUGACAGGCACCAAGAGCUACCAGGAGCAUGGCCACCGGAUGCUACUCAUCUGGCUGCAUGGUGUGGCCACCGCCGGUGAGAACCCUGGCAAAGCACUGUUUGAAGGCCUCGUGGCCAUUGGCAGGAGGAACCUGGCUGAAAGCAUCAGGAAGAAAGCAAAUGCUGACCUGGGGGCCCCCAGCAGGUGCACGGCCAUGUAACCAGAGGGGCCAGACUUUCAGGGGCAUGGGGCCUCAGAAUGGGAGCCACUGAACAGAAGAGGACCACCACGAGGGCUUUAAAAAAAAAAAAAAAAUCACAGUUAACAGACCUCCAGCUGCUCGUACUGAACCGCACAGCCGAGCAGGAGCAGAGGG